AUGUCCCAGAACCCCCCGCAGACGCUCUCGGUGAAGAGGAAGCGCAACGACGCGCCCGUCGAUGCACUCUACCUCGAGCCAAGCGUCAAGAAACAGCGCAGCCAGCUGCUCCCCAAGGCCCCUGGCUUCGUCUUCCGCCGUCUCACCAAGCCGAACGACACUCCCCAGCAGCCGCCGGCACCGGAACCGCCGACGCCGACAGUCGAGCGACGCUUCCAUCUCGAUGCCACGGCCAAAGCCCAGGGCAAGCGCGUGUUUGCCGAAGCCAAAACAAGAACACAGGGCCACAACGCCGCCCGGGCCGCCCACCUGCAUGCACCUACCCCAGAUGGCCCGCCAAAAGAACCGUCUCGAGCGCAGAAGCGGCCAGGCGCAGGCAGCGCGCUGCAUCCCACAGCCAAGUCGGCCGCUGCCCAGAAGGCGCGCGCCACGGAACCGACCGCACAGGAUGUCCGCGAGCUCGAGGCCCUGUCCAAGCAGGUGGAGAAGGAAGACAAUCUCUUCAUACCACUGCCGUCGCCCUCGAAACACAAGCCCAAGCCGCCCGCCCAGCGCUUUGCCCAGCGACACCCGGAGAAGGCAGCCGAGCUUGCUGCCCAGGACGACAACCAUGGUGACGCCAUGGACAUUGACACGGAAGAAUACGUCUACGACACCUACGUCCGCGAGGCCCUUGUCCCAGAUGCAGACGGCAAGCUUCCCGAGCCCACAGGCACCGUCGGCUUUCUGGUCAUCGGCGAAGAAGACGAGGACUGGUGGAAUGGCGACGACGAAAGCGAUAAAGAGUUCGAUACCGACGACGAGGACGAGAAUGCUGAAGACUACUAUGCCAACGACUACCCCGAGGACGAGCUAGACGAGGAUGAUGAGUACGACCGGGAUCUAUACCAGAAGAAAUACCGCCACGGCAGCGACGAUGAAGAGUACAACUUAGACCAAGAUGACGACGUAAUUGGUAGUGGUGAGGACGAAGAUGAUCUACAUUUCAAGAUGACGGUCCCGAAGGCGCAGAGGCCGGGCUACUGGGGCGCCGUGGGAGAGGCCUGA